AUGAAUGAAUUUAUGAUGUACGUCGGAAUGGCGAUCAGCAUGACAGUCUUCGCUGUCUUCUACUUGUUGUAUUGCCGCGAGAUGGGUGACGAUUCGUUUGAUAAGGAAGCGCUCGCCGCGAUGGCCGCCCUGGAUGAAGCGGAAAAGAAGAAGAAGGGAAAGAACAAUAAGAAGGACGCGAAGAAACAGCAGAAGAACUCUCCAGAUAGUCCAAAAGACGACAAAGUUCAGCAGCAGAAGCCAGCCACUCUUACCGUUCAAACGAAUCUUCAAUCGGCAUCUCCAAAGGUGUCUCCCGCUCCAAAACCAUCUCCACAAGCUCCACAAGAACAACAAGUCCAGAAGCAAUUGUCACCACCACAACAGGCACCACAGACGACUCCCAAGGAGAAUGUUCCAAAGAAGAAGUCGCCGAAACCAGUGAAUGUGAAGGAUUUGGAUCAGAAGAAGGUGCUCGCUCGUCUCUCGUCUCUUGCGGAUCUCGAUGAGGCUUAUGUGCAAUGGCUCUCCUCGCAAUUCCGUGAUACUGAUGUCCAGAAGAAUGGAUUGACGAGUGAGGUGAAGGCACUGCAGAAGAGAUUGUCGGAGGCGUCACAGAAGAAUGACAGAUUGCAGAAGGAGAAGGCGUCGCUUGAGAUUAGAGAGAAGAAUGAGCAAACUCAAAGAGCCUCGCUUAGCUCGAAAGUUCAAACCCUCCAGGCGCGUGAGUCCGAGUUGUUCCGACAGGUUCAGGCUGCGAAUGCUCAACUUCAAGCCAAGGAUGCGGAUCACACCAAGGACACCCAAACGCUUCGUUCCAAGGCUCAACAACUCGAGACGGAGGUUAACAACCUCAAGUCGGCGAGCAAUCGCAGUGCUGGACAACUCCGUUCGGCUCAACAACAGGCUCGAGAGAUUCAAGGGAAAUUGGACGAACAGGCACGUGCACAUCGAUUGAAUCUUGAAGCGAGUGAGGCUGGAAGCGCCAAGAUGAAGGAGAGCAUCACACAGCUUACCGAUGUGGUUGUGAUGGCUGAGCAGAGAUUGGAAUCGGCUAGCAAUGAGAUCGCUGAUCAGACGGAUCGUAUUCGUCGGCUGGCUGCCGAGAAUCUGAAGUUGAAGGAGGAGGCGUCGAAGCAGGAAGACACUCUGAAUGCCACGCGACUUGCUCUGAGUAACCAGGCGAAGCAUGACAAUGAGAAGAAGGAUUCGGAGAUGGAGGUGUUGAAGGAGGAGAAGAAAGUUUGGUUGUCGGAGAAGGAGCAGAUGGUGGAGAAGUACGAACGAUUGGAGGAGCUCGUCAAGGAGCUCAACAAUGAUAUCGCCGAGUUCCACGCAUGCAAACGUGACCAGGAGAAGAUUGUUGCGGACCUCCGAGCGAAGGACGCGGAUCGUAGUGAAGAGUUGCUUCAGACGAAGGAGAAGUUUGAAAAGUCUCAGCAACAGGUGAAUGAGGCGAGACAGAUGUUGGCGGAGGUUAGAGCGGCGUUGGAUGAGGAGAAGGCUCGUGCCGUUGAGAUUCCGUUGAACACUCCUGCUCCAGUUGAGGAGAAGGAGGUCUUCGAGCUCAAAAAGACGAAUGUUGAUCUCGCAGCCGCUCCAGGCACGUCUUCUGAUGACAAAGUAAAGGAGUUGCAGGAGAAGAAUGAUGAGCUCCGCCAACGCAACAUGAGCAUUCUGGAGAAGGUUGAAGCGACACCAAAUCUAUUGGUUAGCGAUAGAAAACGAGUGGUCGCCGAGUUGGCGAAGGUGACGAAGAAGCAGUUCAAGAACUUCAACGACGAGGAGGCGUACUACGACUAUCUCGUGGAAUCUGUCAGUGCUGUUGAGAAGGCGUUGGCUGAGAAGAUUCAGGCGGCGUCGGGGAAGGCUUCGAAGUCCUCCAAGUCCGCAGCGGCUCCUUAUCCUGCUGAAAGUGGAAGUAGUGAUGAAGCUGCUUUCCUCCGCAAGACUAUUGUUGACUUGCGCCAACAACUGGAACACAUUGGUGAGCUCGCCGACAAGCAAUACGAGCAGAUCGCGGCUCUCCAAUCAUAA